UCUAUAUAAUAUUUAAGUUACAAUUUAAUUCAUGAAAUACGGAUGUUAAAUGUGUUAUACAAAUAUAAUACGUGCUUUAUACGAUCAGAGGUAUAUAAGCAUCUCUUAAACUCUAGCAAAAAAAACUAACCAUUUUCCUCUUAUGAUCUCUGCCACUCGGCCUCUCACUUCUCUCAAUUCUCUCUUCAUUUUCUCUAGAAAAAAAAUCAAACUUCUAUCUAUUCUUUCCUUCUCUCCUUCUCUUCGAUCUAUUCUUUCCAUCCCCUUUUCAGAUCGAGCAAAGAUACUUCCCCUCUCUCCAUAUCUUCUAAAAAAAUGACUCAAUCUGCCGCUUUGAUUUCUCAAUCUAACCUAAUCUCCCUCCCUUCUCUUCUAUCAAAGAUGGAACUGAAGAGAUACGAAAGGGAGGCGACAUCGAAGGGCACGACGGCGAUGAAUGCCGACAGAGAUGGCAAUGACGACGUCAGUACAUUGAAGGAGGAAGAAGAAAGGAACAUGAGGCCGACGGAACAGACUGACGCCGAUGAUGCUGGCUACAAAGGUAAGGUUUCAUACGAGGAGAGGAAAGAUGGAAAAGGAAUCGUUGGCGACAAUACUGGCCAGUAAUAGCAGUGGUAAAAUCGGCCAUUCCUCUAGUCUUUCCUGUAGACCAGAGACGGCGAGCUAGAGCGAGGUUCAAGAUCUAAAUCCUCGAUGACAGCGACCGACAAACCAAUCCCAACAUCCUCGAUCUAGUCUUGCCCUUAUUUUUCUGUGUUCAAUAGAUUAGAGGCUGUAAUGUAAUUUGUCGCUGCUCUAGUUAAUUGUUAUACGAGAGUGGCAGGUUAGACUGCUAUGGAAAUGGUUGUAAUGUUUAGGGUUUUUGGUAAUCUUUCCAUUAUCAGGUUCCAAUGCAGAAAACAAUUUCGAAUUAUGAAAUUUUUGAAGCACAAAAUAUAUUAAUUAUAAUAUUCAGCUAUGACAAAAUAAUGUUGUCACAAUAAACACUUGUGACAGAUGCAGUCGUCACAAUAUACAGUUAUGACAAAAUAUAUACAUGUAAUGUGAUGAACAAUUCUCCCCAAAUCACCAGAUUAUGACAAUCGUAAUGACAAAAUAUGUCGUCAUAACAUCUCUAUUUGUCACAAUAGAUUACCCAAAACCUCAGCUAUAAUGAAAGCAAAUGUGACAACCUUGUUUUAAAUUUUUGUCACAUUUGACCUAUCUUGACGCCGAUAAAAUGACAAACAUUUGUGACAACACCUUGUCAUAUUAUACCUAAUAGGACAAAAUCAGUAUCUAAUAAGACAAAAUUCCUUCGUCAUAAUAGGCAGAAUUUGUUGUAGUUCAUACACUCCAAAGGGAUAGACGAGACUGUGCUUCGAGAGCAAGUCUGCGACUCUAUUCCCCUCGCAAUAUGUAUGAACUAGCUACACAACCCAGUUCUGAGGUAACAUACGGUGAAUACCCCCAAGAAUGUUGGCAUGACGAUGAAGCGGGUUGGGUGUUUGCUUAAUCAAAUCUAGCACUAGAUUUAAGUCGGAUUGAAGGAUAAGAAAUUGAGUACCUUUCCUCCAAGCUAUUUGCAGACCGUGGUAGAUGCCCCAUAACUCAGCCAUGACGGCUGAUCCAGAUUCGAUCCAGUAGAGGAAACCUCCACGCCAGUCUCCUGCAUUGUCCCGAAUCACCCCUCCUGUCGCAUAUCUCCAUUCACUCCCUGAGCAGCGCCAUUGUUGUUGAGCUUUAGCCAUCCCGUCGGGGGAGGAGACCAGCCAAUUAAAACCUCUAAGCGGGGCGAAUGAGGAUUCUUACCCAUGUUACGACUCACAGUCUCCCAAACUUUUGCCCACUCUUUAGCUUUAGACGUAACAUAAUUAACAAACGAGGAAGGAGAAAGGGUUGCACCUCGAUCGAAAGACUUUCUCAUUUCUCUCCUUCUAAAAAAACCAGAUUAGAAGACAGAAGUAGUUGUUCCGUUCACCUGGCCAAGGUCCCAACCGGUGGUUCAUCAGGUUCAUUUGCAACCAGGAGGUGCCUUUCCUGGCUAAGAAAUCAGUUAACUGAGAGCUGGGAAUGAUCUUCGCCCAAAGGGAGUUCGCCUUCUAACAAUCGCGGAGGCCGUGGGUGAUGGUUUCGGGGACCCCAUCGCAUUCAACACAGCUAUCAUAUCAGUGAGGUGUCGAAAUUUCCUCACACUAUUGGUUGAUAAUUUCCCAUUAACCGCCAUCCAAAUGAACACUCGUACUCUUU